CAGAACAUAAUAUUUAUGUGUCCUACUAUUUUAUCAUUCGAAGCAAAAAAAUACGAGUAUUAUAAGAACAUGAGUGAGAUAUUUUGAAUCAAGACAACAAGUUCUUGUCUAGUUUAAGUGCUUUUAAGUAAAGCUAAUUAGAGAGAGUGAAACUCUGCCGCAUACGAUCGCACAAGGGAGCGGAGGUGGAAAUGUCACAUCAUCACCUUCAUCAUCAGGGCAUGAACAACAGUAGCAGCGGCAGCAUUCCUGUGAGCGAAGUGUACUGGACUCUGGUUUCCAAGGCAGACAAGAAGUUCUCCAAGAUUCGUGAUCUCCCGUAUUACCAUCGCAGCAGGUAUGAUACAUACUUCUACAAGGUUUUCAAGGUUUAUACUCAGCUGUGGAAAUUUCAGCAAGAGAAUCGACAGAAAUUGGUGGAAGCAGGUCUCAAGCGAUGGGAGAUUGGUGAUAUUGCUUCUCGGAUUGGUCAGCUUUACUUUGGGCAGUACAUGAGGACUAGUGAGGCCAGUUAUUUGUCAGAAUCUUAUAUAUUUUACGAGGCUGUUUUGACCAGGGAGUAUUUCAAAGAUAGCGUGAUUCAGGAUGCUAAUCUUGCAUGCAAGCAAUUGAGGCUCAUUUCUAGAUUUCUUACUGUCUGUUUGGUGCUGAAUCGACGAGAAAUGGUGCUUCAGUUGGUAAAUCAGCUCAAAAUGUUGCUCGACGAGUGCAACAAGGCAUUCCAGGAAACUGAUUUUAAAGAAUGGAAGGUGGUCAUUCAGGAAAUAGCUAAAUUUCUAAAAGCUGACACAGCUUUUUUCAACAUCAGACCUUUGAGGUAUAGCAUUGUAUUGGACCUUCAUUCAGAUUGUCUGCCACAUGUUGUUCAAACCAAAAGAAAGCUAAGGUUAAGAGAUGCACUAUUGUGCAGUUAUCAUCCUCUUGAGGUCAAAUUCUCAGAAUUGACUCUUGACACUUUCAGAAUGCUACAAUGUCUUGAGUGGGAACCUAGUGGCUCAUUUUAUCAGACAAGUGGAGCUGGCUCCAUCACUGGGCAGAGUGGAAAUCCUGGACCUAGGUGUGUUAACUAUUCGCAAGAUCUAGCUGACCCUACAUUGCCUCUCAAUCCUCGGAAAGCCAUUUUAUACCGUCCAACUAUUACAAGUUUUAUAGCAGUUUUGGCAACAAUCUGUGAUGAGCUUCCUCCAGAUGGUGUGCUCUUCAUAUAUCUGUCAGCUUCAGGAAGCUGUCAAACCCCUAUUUUAUCUUCAUCUCAUGGUGGAGCUUCUGGGGAUACUUCAGAGAGCACUUUCAGAGGAUUCCAGUCUCCUCACUUCAAUGACUCUGAAGCUGCCUCCACAUCUCCCUUCAAGCCUGAAUUCGAUAAUGCAAAUUCUGCUCCUGCCAAAAAGGAUCCCUUAAGUUGUGGCAUCCGUGGAUUAAAUAUUGGUUCUCGAGGUUUGAAUGACAUUUUCCCCUGUGACCUUCUGCCCUUUACAAGAAAGCCACUUUUCCUUGUCAUUGACAGCGACAUUAGUGGAGAUUUCAAGGCUUUAAGUGGUACAGAAAAAGGGGAGUCAGCUGCCAUGCUUCUAUCUCCAACAACUUCUAUCCCGCUACAUGCUAUGGACUCCUCUCGUCUGCCAAAUCAAAGCCCCUUCACCAUUUUCCUCACAGCCCCUCUACAGGCCUACAUUCUCAUGCUCGGUUUUAGUGGCUCUGAUAUUGAAAUGGAUUUGUUCAACAAGGCUGAGAAAUUGCUUUCAUCAUCAUUAAAUCAGUGGGGACAGUUAUUGGCAGAGUCAGACAAUCUUAACCCUGUAUGGGCUCAAAUUUUGGGUGAUCCCUUUCUGAGGCGACUCAUUUUAAGAUUUAUAUUCUGCCGGGCAGCGCUGUCUCUAUACGCUUCUAGUUUCAACAAGACGGAGUUUGUCCCGGAAUGCAUCCCUGUCCUCCCAGAGAGUGUCAGUCCCUUAAGUUCCACGUGUCAAUCAGCAAUUUGGCAACUGGCAGAGAUCUUUGGCGCAACCAACAAGUUUGUCUUCUCAGAGGGCAUGAAACUUCCUUAGUUUCUCAACUUCAAGAAUCUGAAUCUGUUGGAGCUAGGAACCACCACUGCCUGAUUUGGUCGAGAAUCCUUCACAUUUUAAGCCCUCAUUUGUUUGCUUAGAAGAAACCUUCUCCAGCUCUGAAAUGGUAUCCUGUUCCAAAUAUUGAUUCAGAAUCUCUGUCUUUUUUUUUAGAUUUUUGAUGAUUUUAAUAAAUCUUAAUGUUCUUAGUUCUUUGAUGUGCUUUGCGGGUAUGCCCAGGGGCUCUGGCUGUUGCCACACUCUCACGUCUUCUUAUUCUCUCUUCUUCGUUUUUGUUUGUUAUAUCCAUCUGUCCGGAUUUAAUGUUUAUUAUUUACAUGGUCAAACUCUAGUCAUGUUAUUUAUUUAUUUUUUUUCCUGGCGUCUCCCACAUGACGUGCAGCCGUGCAACGGAACCCCUCCUCCCCCGUAGUAAAUACUCUUAGGGGAU